CAAUGGUUUGCUCUGUUUGUUUAAUUCUCGCAUAAUUCGUGAAGGUGAAUGGCAUCGAAACACAUACUUCCGUUUGUGGAACCCAGCCACCAAGACAAUAUCUCAAAAAUUAGGCUCAAUUACCCAUCCCUAUGACCAGCCAUAUGGGCCCGGCGAGGACCUAUCUAACUAUUUCAGAUUUGCAUUUGGUUAUGAUAAAUCAACUGACACUUAUAAAGUAGUGGCAUUCUGUCCUAAGGAGGUGAAAAUUUUCAGUUUUCGUGAUAAUGUUUGGAAAAAUAUUCAACAUUUUCCUAUAACUCCUUUAUAUUAUGUGCAUAUGGUUUGCCGUAGAAAGCAACGUGUUAAUGAAGGUGUUUAUUUGAAUGGCUCUCUUAAUUGGCUGGCAAUUCUAAAUUGUGAAUAUUUUACCAAAGAAUAUCUAAUUUUUCCAGGAAUAGAUCCAUUUGUUUAUCCAAAAGUGGAUCAAUUUGUUAUCAUCUUGCUGGAUCUGUGUACAGAGACAUACCGACAGUUGCUUCCUCCAAGUGGUUUCGUGGAAGUCCCAUCUAUUUUGCCAACUAUUAGUGUGUUGAGGGACUGUCUUUGUUUUUCCUCCCACAUUAAGACCACCCAUUUUGCUAUAUGGAUGAUGAUGGAAUUUGGAGUCCAACAAUCUUGGACUCAAUUCCUUAAUAUUAAUUGUAUGGAUCUUCAAAUUGAUCAUGACUAUCCGCGAUAUGGUUAUGAAUAUCUAGUGCAUCCAUUAUGCCUUUCUGAGAAUGAUGGCACAAUAAUACUAGCAAGCAGUCAUGAUGCGCAAGCAUUGCUCUAUAAUUGGAGAGAUAAUAGUGUAGAAAAAACUAGAAUUACCAACCAUGUAUUGUGGAUGUUUUCUCUUAAUUAUAUCGAAACCUUGGUUCCGACUUGUUGA